AUGUCUAAACGAGCGAUUGCGCGCGAGGUCGGAUGCUCGCCCUCAACCAUCGACUACACAAUUGAGAAGUUCGGCACCCCGUCCAAGUCGACCGUCAAACGCGCGCUCCGGGGGUCCAAAUACUACCGCAAAUGGCGUAUGCGUAAGAAGAUCCAAUUAACGGAAGAGGGAGCCCGUAAAUGGCUCGAAUUCGCAAGCCCCGCGUUGCCCCGCUAA